AUGGUCGCCGAUGGCGCGUCCUCCAUCUCGGUUACGGUGCGAGUGCGCCCUUUUACCAUACGCGAAGCUGCACAGUUGACGAAGACGGAUGACCACACUCUCUUCCUCGGCGAUGGGUCGUUGGCGGCUGCACCAACUCCUAAACUGCAUGCCAAAAGCGUCCGACCUGUGAUCAAGGUCCUGGAUGAAAAGUGCCUGAUCUUCGAUCCUCCCGAAGACAACCCCGUCCAGCGCUUUUCACGAUCAUUGGUCGGACCGCAGGGUAAGCGCGUCAAGGACCAGACCUUUGCAUUCGACCGCGUCUUCGACGACACAACAACACAAGGCGAUGUGUACGAGUCCACAACCAAGCCACUACUGGACAGCGUGCUGGACGGAUACAAUGCCACUGUUUUCGCAUACGGAGCCACUGGCUGUGGAAAGACACACACAAUCACAGGAACAUCACAACAACCAGGCAUUAUUUUCUUGACAAUGCAGGAGCUGUUCGAGAAGAUCACUGACCUGCAGGAAACAAAGGCCACAGAGAUCACUCUCUCUUACUUGGAGAUCUACAAUGAAACGAUUCGCGAUCUGCUGGUGGAGGGCGGAAGCAAGACGACGUUGAUGCUGCGAGAAGAUGCGAACCAGACUGUGUCCGUUGCCGGUCUCUCCAGCCAUCGCCCACAAAACGUCCAAGAGGUUAUGGAUAUAAUUGUCCGCGGAAACGAGUACCGAACAAUGUCUCCGACCGAGGCCAAUGCUACAUCUUCACGAUCACACGCCGUCCUCCAGAUCAACGUCUCGUCCAAGGACCGCAAUGCUUCUGUCAACGAACCCCACACGAUGGCCACUCUCAGCAUCAUCGAUUUGGCUGGCAGUGAGCGCGCAAGCGCAACCAAGAACCGCGGAGAGCGACUGAUUGAAGGCGCGAAUAUCAACAAGUCUCUACUCGCUUUGGGCAGUUGCAUCAAUGCCUUGUGUGAUGCGCGAAAGCGAAACCACGUCCCAUACCGCAACUCGAAGCUCACACGACUGCUCAAGUUUUCCCUCGGUGGAAAUUGUCGAACUGUCAUGAUCGUCUGUGUCAGUCCGUCCAGCGUCCACUUCGACGAAACCCAAAACACUCUGCGUUACGCGAACCGAGCAAAGAACAUCCAGACCAAGGUCACGAAGAACGUCUAUAACGUAAACCGCCAUGUGAAGGACUACCUUAAGAAGAUCGAAGAGCAAAGGCAUCUUAUCGAUGACCUGAUGAAGAAACAGAAAGACUUCGAGGGCAAUGCGUUCUCGAAAUACUCAAAGCAGAGCGAAAAGAAAGAGAGCAUCUUGCGAGAUGCUCUUCUACGUCUACGCCAGGCUUACUCUGAUUCGGAGCCUGAGCGGAAGGAUCGGCUGAAUAUGAUGAAGACCUUGAAACAAGCUGAGAAGCGGAUCGGCAUGAUCUCAUCAUGGAUCGCAGCAUUUGACAACGUCAAGGACGUUCGUGAGAACGAAGAGAUGCCCUCACAAGUCGCUGCAAUGAGAGAUACAGCGAUUGGAAUCUCGGCCGAGCUCGAGCAAACCCGACAACAUUGCCACCGACGCAUCGAACGCACCAACUGGACAAGCAAGAUGGAUACCGCUCUUCAAGUUGGACUGAGAGGGUUAGUGGAGGUUGAUGGAAACGCCGACAGCCCUGACGCUGCGAGUCUGAACAAAGAGUACGAACUGUUGAAGUCAAAUGCCGACCGAGAAAUGUUCAUCGCUCUACUGGAUCAGGAGAAGGGUGGCGACGCCGCCAUUGUUCAAGUCCUUGUUCAGGCGCACAUUGAAACAGUCACCAUCCUGAACCAAAUCACUCAAAUGGACGAAACAGAAGCAGUUGACUCCGCAAGGAAGCUACUCACCAAGAUUAUGAACUCUUGCACAACUGCAACCGCGCAAGUCAUUCGGCCAGACGGCGGUUUACCAGUUACCGACUUCUUCGCUCCUAGCCACAAGGGCACGCCGAAACGUAGGAAACCGGUAAAUAUCAUGGCACCGUCCCCAAUGCGUGCCAUUCCUAUGCCAACCUUCACAGAAGCGCCCCAUUUAACUUCAUCGCCCAUGAAAGGUUCCCCUCGACGUCGAAAAAUGGGAUUGGUAAAGAAAGGCGUCAGCGUUCAGUACUCUCCCUCGAAGAAGAAGUCGCCAUCGAAGAUUAAACGCGGCGUUCGCUGGAGAGACGACAUGGAAGAUGGAACCCUGGCGGAGUUCCAGGACAUACCAGAACACAUAGAGUCGUCGCCGGCACAUACGUAUAAUGAGCUACCACCACCAGCCUAUUCUGCCACAACCGUUGCACCGGUAGUUGAUCACAACGGUUCUUCCCCAAUACCGUCACCUCCAAAGGCUUCCCUGGAACUCAAACCACGCGCAGGUCGAUUUGCGCUUGGUGCCUUGUCGAAGAAAUCUGACGGGAUGAGUGCACACUCGGAUAACACAUCACCCCUGCGUGAGAUUGGCGCCAAUGCUGUCCGCUCAGCUUCUUUGACCAUCAAGGAGAGCACUUCCACAGACCCGGCUUCGACUGAGUACAGCGACGUCUCAUCGGGCUCAGAGGGAGAGAAGUGGACAGAUUCGGACGCACGUAAGAUUGGAUCAGCCAUCAAACGUCGCUCGUCAACAACUCAUGGCUCCAUACCGAUCAACCGUACUCAUCGGCGACGCAGCCCUACCGCAGCCUCAACCAGUCCACCAAACGAGAACAUGAUGUUCUCUGCCAGUGCGGCGCGUCGGAUGGUCAAGAGCAAUCACGAUGCUGACUGGAAGAGCAGCGUCCUCGGUCCGCGGACUGCACCCAUCAUGAAGGGCCCUGCUCGACGAACCACGGUGGCGAUCACUGGGGAGGACCGACCAAGAGAGCCAUCGUCGACGUUGAAUCGUGCACCUGUACGAAUCGUUAGCAAUGCUUCGGCUUCUUCGAGAGGUAGUCUUGCGCCUGGCGCUAAGGGCACCUGGCGUUGA